GGCUUCAAGGCAGUUAAUGGUCACAUCCAAGAGCAGUGAGACAUUUCUUGAAACACAAAAUUACUUGAAAUGUCACAGCACUGUAAUGUCCAUCAAAAGGAAAAAACACUCAAGAAUAAAAUGUGCUUUAUUAAGCGCACAAACACAACAUUUGUUGUGGUUUCCAUGAGCUCUGGGGUACAUAGAUAACAAGAUAAUAACAUAAAAAUACAAAUAAAAAACAAAUUCAAAUAAACAUACUGAGUAAAAGAAGAUGUAUUUACACAUACAUAAGUAUCGAAUAAUGCGUCGAUUUUCACACUUAAGGUACUGUUAAAGACAACACCUUCCGUUAUCUGCUGCUGGCUAUUAUUUAGCACAAACUAAAUAAAUACCUUUAUAGAAUCUGAUAUAUAGUUUAAAACUGCACAGAGUGGGGAGUGUGUUGCUGUCAGUGGGCAGCAAGGCCUCCUGCUCAUCCCCGCCCCCAAUGCAAUGUUGACCAAAAACCAGCAUGAACAUUCACUCAACUUAUUAGCACACACUAAACUAUAGCCUCUGACACCCAGCUUUAGUGCGCAAAAACUCCAACACAGCACUUACUGAACGGGAUAAAGAGUUGGACAAGGAGUUGAAGGGAUGUCAAAAAGUGAGACAGAGGAGAUGAUUGAAAUUGAGAUUGAUGGUAGGGAGAAACAGGAGUGUCUAGAGGAAGGAAUUGAGGAGCAAACCAUCACAGCAGCUGAACUGAUUACUCAAGACAUUGACAUCAAUGAGCCGAUCGGUAACCUAAAGAAGUUACUGGAGCCUCGUCUUCAGGUCCCGCUGGAUGGAUAUGACAUUUGUCUGCAGGACAUCCUAUUGCAUCCUGAUCACAGCCUGUUCGAUCAAGGAGUGAAGACAGAUGGCACAGUACAGCUCAGCGUACAGAUUGUCACGAAACAGGGUGAAGAGAAAUUGAAUAUUCUGGAGAUUGUGAAGCCAGUGGAGACUGUGGAGGUGGUGAUUGAUCCAGACGCGGCUGCUGGCGAGGAAGCCCAUCUGGUGGAGGAUGGACACGUGAUUGAGGUGGAGCGAGCCGCCAUUCCUGAUGAGACUUCAGAGCAGGUGACCCGCUGGGCGGCCGCAUUGGAAGGAUACCGUAAGGAGCAGGUUCGACUGAACAUUCCCUAUGACCCGGUGCAGUGGACAGCUGAUCAGGUGAUCCACUGGGCAGUUUGGGUUAUGAAAGAGUUCGGCAUUGAGGAAAUGGAGGUGGGUGGCAUUCACAUUCCCGGCCGCCAGCUCUGUGGUUUCAGCCAAGAGGAGUUCCUCCAGAGAGUGCCCAGCGGAGAGAUCCUGUGGAGCCACCUGGAGCUUCUACGCAAGUAUGUACUUGCAAGUCAGGAUCAGGGUCAGGAAGCAACAGUCACCAUUGAUCAACCUGUGCAGAUCAUUCCUGCCCCUGUGCAGCAGGCCACACCCACAGCCAUUAAGGUGAUGAAGCACAACAAAACACCCCGAGCCCCCCGUAUCUCAGGAGAGGAGCGCAGCUCCCCUGGCAACCGCACAGGUAACAACGGUCAGAUUCAGCUGUGGCAGUUUCUCCUGGAGCUGCUGACGGAUAAGGACUCUCGGGACUGCAUUUCCUGGGUGGGAGAGGAGGGCGAGUUCAAACUCAAUCAGCCUGAGCUGGUAGCUCAGAAAUGGGGCCAGCGCAAGAACAAACCAACCAUGAACUACGAGAAGCUAAGCAGAGCUCUCAGGUACUACUAUGAUGGAGACAUGAUCAGCAAAGUGCAGGGCAAGCGCUUUGUCUACAAGUUUGUGUGCGACCUGAGGACUCUGAUCGGAUACAGCGCCGCAGAGCUCAACAGCCUGGUGACGGAGUGUGAACAGAAGAAACUCGCCCGGGUGCAGCUGCACGGCCUUGGCCAGCCCGUCAACACAGUCACGCUGGCCACCGCCACAGGCCAGCCCGUCACCACAGUCACUCUGGCUGCAGCAGCUUUAGAGAAAGACAGUUGAGGAGGGAGUGGCUUGUUACUCCCAGCCAAUCAGGAGACACGUUUAAGAUGGGAGGAAUCCGGGUUAAACAUUUGACUUUGGGCAGGGUGGGAAACAGCGGGUUUGUAAGCAGAUGUGCGCUUUGUUACGAGUGUGUAUGUAUGUCUGCGUGUCCCUAAAAUGCUUAGAGAGCGAGUGUAUGUGUGGAUGUGAGAGACCGAUCACGUAUGAGCUUUCAGUUUUUGUACGCUUGUUCUCUGACUGCAGGGUAGCAUCGGCUAUAUUUCCAUUGUAUAUACUCUAUGUUUUUGAUAGCCAUGUGGGCAGUGUAUUUUGAUAUUUUCCAUUUGUAAAGGAUCUUUUCUUUUUUAUUUUUGAGUGUCCAAUUCCCUCAAGGUGAGGUACUUUUUACUGUCCACCAGAGGGCAAUAAAGAGACAGUUGGUUUUUGAA